GAUAACGCAACGCACUUGAUUGAGGACACGCGACCCCACCAUUACCCUUAUAUAUAGCUGCGGCUUCUUUGCGGAGUAAAACGAAGAGCCACAGGCCAGAAUUGCGAGAAGGCUGCAUGCUUCUAACUUUGUCAUCAUAGGAUGGGUGAUUUAAUUGCUGAAGAAGCGAAAUUGCAAGCAAUGUAUGUAGAUUCUGAAAUGGAGCAUUUAGAUCAUCUGAAUUAUGAGAGUUGGAUAACUUGGAAAUUUAAAAUCCAAUUAAUCCUCAAUUUACAAGGCUUGGGUUUUGCUCUUAAGGUAGACAAACCUAGUGAGCCUACUGACUCGAGCUCAGCUGAAGAGAAGGCUAAAUAUGAAAAUUGGAAGAGGAGUAAUUACUUAAGCCUUUUGCUUAUGAAGAGCAAGAUGGCCAAUUACAUUUACUCAAUUUUGUCAUCACGUACAAAAAAAUCUAACAAUGCUAAACAAAUUUUUGAUGCAUUGAAAGAAUUGAUCAUGAAUGGUGAAAGGACUCGUGCCCCUUCAAUGUUAAAGGAGUUAAUGACAAUGAGGUAUGAUGGCCAAGGUGAUGUGUGUCAACACCUUCUCAAAAUGGACAAUCUUGCAGGGCGAUUGCGAGAUGUGGAUGUUGUUCUUCCUGAGUAUUUGAUUAAUCAACUGGCCCUUGAUUCUCUCCCUUCACAGUUUGCUCCUGUCCGAUUGGCAUAUAUUACCCAAGAUGAGAAAUGGGAAUUCAAUAGACUUAUAAGAAGUUGCAGAGAUCUUGAGGGAUUAAUUUCUUUGCGUGAUAAAAGAGGGAGUACAGAAGAAAAUGAGAAUGAGAGUGGUCAUGGAAAGGGUAUUAAUUAUCAGAAAAGGAGAAAUAUAAGUGUUUCUCUUGUGGGAAGAAGGGGCACAUAGCUAAGAAUUGCAGGGAAGCCUCCAACUGAAUUAUGGCCUGGCAAUGAAGGAUAAUGAAGAGUUUUGGACAUGAAAAGAAGAAGAGGAAGUUAGUUGUAUUACCAUUUACCAGCAACCAUGCAGCGGCUGACUAUGGAGUCAAGGAGAGAGGAUGGAUUAUUUUGGCUAGUAGUCAGCAUUAAAAUUCAGAGCAGUUGAUUACUUUCCUCCUUUCUCUUCGUUACUGCUUAGUUUCUACCUAUAACGGAUUUAUGAGUACCUUUAUUUUGUAC